CUCGCUUAUAAUAACUGUUUUUCGCCAUCCGCAAUUCAUUCAUUCACUUGUUUUCUUCUGCAACUUUCGACAUUCAAAAAAAUCUAGUUGGCCGAGACUGUGAGAAUCAAACGACAGUCUACUUUGACGACGAGCGGCAAAUUGGUGCGAGGCGCGAAUCACCACUUUUGUAUUAUUUAUUUUUUUUUUGUUAGUUGGUUGGUGAACAACCGCGUUUGAACUGAAAUCGAUUUUCGAAAUUUGAAAAGUGUCAACGGUGAAUUUUUGUUGGGAGCAUUAAAAUGUCUGAUCUUAAAGGUUCGACUUCUCAAGAAGACAUAUUCGGAUUGCACGAGUUCAAAGAAAAUAAAUCACUAUGGAGGAUGCUUACGGCAGAAUUCUUGGGAACCCUUAUUUUGGUAUUUAUUGGAUGCGCUGCUUGUGUUAAUAUGGGAGCUAACUUGGUAUCAAUUGCCCUUACAUUUGGACUGGUUAUUGCUACCUUAGUACAGGUUAUUGGUCACAUUAGUGGAUGUCACAUUAAUCCCGCUGUCACAAUCAGCUUAUUCGUCACCGGUGAUAUAAAUUUAAUUAGAUCUCUGCUAUAUAUUUUGGUUCAAUGUAUAGGAGCUAUCGCUGGGGCAGCACUAUUACACGCAUUACUACCGAGCGACCUUGUUGGGUCUCUGGGAAUGACGACAGUUUCUAAAGACCUUACUCCACUAACUGGACUACUCUUUGAGUUCGUAUACACAUUUCUCCUUCUGUUCGUAAUACAUGCCGUUUGCGAUCCAAGGAGGAAAGAUAUUAAGGGCAGUAUUCCUCUUGCUAUUGGCUUAGCUAUUGCUGCGGUUCAUCUUAGCGGGGUACCAUUUACUGGUUCCAGUGUAAAUCCCGCACGUUCACUAGGGCCAUGUGUUAUCAUGAAUUCUUGGGACGACCACUGGAUCUACUGGGUCGGACCAAUCCUCGGAGGCAUCCUAGCUGGAAUCAUUUACAAAUUCAUUUUCAAAGUACGAAAAGGCGAAAACGACUCUUACGAUUUUUAAAUAACCAAUAAAAAUUGGUCUUAAUUACUGUUAUACUCAUUAUAGUCAUUUUUUCAAAACUAAUAUCAUCGCAACUUAUCUUACAUAUACAUUUUUAUAAAAUGUGUUGUAUCCAUUUAAAAA